AUGUCUGCGUGCGACCUAUGCCACACUCGAAAGGUGAAAUGCGAUCGCCAAGAUCCUUGUAUGAACUGCAACGAUGCAGGUGCAAAAUGUCUCCGCAAUCGUCAAGCGCGGGUUCACAGGCCACGAGUCUCUCGACUGGACGCAUUGAAUGAGAGACUCGCAAGACUUGAAGAGUCCAGCAAUAAUGAGAUAGUAGACUACCCGCCAAAUCGACAUGCGGCCAGCAGCACAUCUACAUCUACAUCGCCUCUUGCUGGACUCACAGAUGACACUGAUGAAGCACACAAAGGGAAGAAGCGACAUACAGCAUAUGACUCCCACUCAUUCAGUCAGCCGCUGCUUCCAGCAAUCAAGCGCCAUAAGUCUCAGACGACGGCUUCAUCCAAUGCCCACCAUGCGCAUUCCCCAGGCUCCACGCACCAUGUCAGCGAAGCCCGGGGGUAUAUCGAACAUGAGCUCCAGUGUAACCCAGCACUGUCAAAAGAUAGGCGGAUUGCGCUUGAAUCGGCUCGAAGGUUCGUUGGUCAGCUAUCCAAUCCGGCAUUACACUUGGAAGAGACUGCAGCCAUGGAUGACAUUGAUGUGGAGGAUAAUGUGGAGCCUCCGGGCCUUACGCCGGAGCUACUUUAUAUGAUGCUUCCUGGUCCCGACAAAAGAACAAAUUCCCAAGGAACUAUUUUAUGGCCUGAUCAUAUCUCUGACAAAGUCUUGGAGCAAAUGGGACUUGCUAUCAUUGAGAGUAGUGAGUGUGAAGAAGUGCUUCAACAUUAUCGAAUCAAUGUUUGGGUCAAGGCUAUGGGCUGUAUAUCGAAAAUGGCACCCUUGAUUACCAGUGAGCCGUUGAAGAUUCAUUUCCGGAAACUGAAAAAAAGAUAUGAAGCUGCUGCUGCAGAGCUAUUGAAUCAAAUCCCUUUGGCGGCUGCCCCCAGUCUUCUUUUGCUCCAGUCUCUGCUGUCCGCGGUACGACUGAUGCAAUACUUGGGUAAUACGUCACGUUGCUGGAUGUUGACAGCUCUAGCUUCGAAGGUGAUUGUUUCUCUGAACUACCAUAAUAUCACGAACGUCCAUCCUGGGAGUGAUAUUGAGGAAAGCAUCCAUUCCUGUGUGUAUAUAUGCUACUAUUUCGACAAAACACUUAGUUUGCUGCUUCUUCGGCCUCCUUCUCUGCCAGACCUCAAAGUGGCCCCGACAAAGCUGAUUCACAUCGACCCUGAUCUUCCGACGUCUCCUAUCAAAAGAGGCAUAGUUGAAUAUUCAGAGUUAAAGGAUGUCUUGUUGAACAUCCUACUCGACACAAAGAACCUAGAAGACACAGAAAAAGCCAACAUGCUAUCUGAUUUAGUGGCACGAGCACAUAUAAUACACUCCAACAUGCAAAAGGUCCGUCAACGUCAGGAAAAAGAACUUCCACAAUCAUGGAACUAUUUGCGACGCGAGUGGCUAUCAAUGGACUUCAACUACUAUAGUGUUCUGACAACAAUCAUUCAAACUCGCUCCUCGGUGCUCAAAUCGCGCUUGGUCUGUGAGGAUUGCCUAUACACAGCGCGAGAAGCGCUCACCACCCUUCAUGCCUUACAAACGGCAUUUUCAAGCCAACUCAACUCCGUCAACUCUUACCCUUAUUUUCUUACCUGGACGAUGCUUUUGUUUCCUCUAGCGCCAUUUUUCGUCUUGUUCUGUAAUGUGAUCGCAACGUCAAACGAGAGAGAUUUCAAGAUGAUCAAAAAUAUCACCGAGGACCUGCGUCAAUUUGCUGAAGCGAAUGCAUCCAUUGGCAAGCUGUACAAGCUUUUCUCCAGGUUUUUGGAACUCUGUGCGCCCCUGGUAAAAGCCCAGCUUGAUCAGCCAUCAGCAUCGCUCUCUAUGAUGGAACCAACAUACAAGCACGGUCAAGCAGCAUCUUAUACAGAUAUGUUUGAUCGGGCUACGAAUCAAGCUAUCGCAGAUCUUCCGGGCUUGGAUCCUGCUGCGAAAGACUCAACAUCCUCGCGUGCUGUAGAAGGUUGGGAUGAUAGCCUUGUGUGGGAACUGUUCGAUAACCAACCCUCGCUGGGAUGGGCAGAAUCCGAGUUAUGGAAUGCUAUGACGCAAUUUGGCGCUACAUAG